CCGGCUCCUCCCCUUCAGUCUUGUACAGGUGUAUCGGCUCCUCCCCUUCAGUCUUGUACAGGUGUACCGGCUCCUCCCCUCCAGUCUUGUACAGGUGUACCGGCUCCUCCCCUCCAGUCUUUUACAGGUGUACCGGCUCCUCCCCUCCAGUCUUUUACAGGUGUACCGGCUCCUCCCCUUCAGUCUUGCACAGGUGUACUGACUCCUCCUCUUCAGUCUUGCACAGGUGUACCGGCUCCUCCCCUUCAGUCUUGCACAGGUGUACCGACUCCUCCCCUUCAGUCUUGCACAGGUGUA